CCAUUUAGCAGCCCCUUGGCAUGACUCGAGUUUGUUUGAAAUUAUUUUUGAUCUAAAAGUGAGGUUAGAUCUUUCUGAAAUUCUCCCGACUUGCAAAGAUCAUUUCAGUGAUUUUUCCCACAAAUUAAAUCCCAAACUCUAUAUAAUUGUAUUAUUAGAAAGUACAGGAAGCCCAUUUUGUUAAAAUCAGAUUGAAUUUGUGGAUAAGAGUGCGGAAAAAUGAGUUCAAUUGGUACUGGGUAUGAUUUGUCUGCAUCGCAAUUCUCUCCGGAUGGACGUGUUUUCCAGAUUGAGUAUGCAACGAAAUCCGUGGAAAAUAGUGGAACAUCAAUUGGGCUAAGGGGGCGCAAUGGAGUUGUGUUGGCUGUUGAGAAACUCAUCCCGAAUCAGCUGUAUGAGGAUGACUGUGGGUCACGUAUUCACAAUGUUGACGUACACAUUGGGCUGGCGGUGUGUGGAAUGAUUGCCGAUGGGAAUCACAUUGCGGACAUUGCAAGGCAGGAGGCGUCGAGCUACAAGCAGCAAUUCAAUCGUCUUAUUCCACUGCAAAUACUCAAUGAUCGCCUCUCAAGCUAUCUCCAUGCGUACACCCUGUACAGCGCUGUGCGCCCCUUUGGGGUAUCCGUCAUCAUUUGCUCGUACUCCAAGGAGAAUGGCCCGGAGAUGUACAUGAUUGACCCAUCUGGGGUGUCUUCGGGGUACUUUGGGUGCGCCAUGGGGAAGGCAAAACAAGCAGCAAAGACGGAAAUUGAGAAGAUUAAUCUGGGGGAUGUUUCCAUGGAGGAUUUACUGAUUAAUGCCUCAAAGAUCAUCUACCAGCUGCACGAUGAUCUGAAGGAUAAGGAAUUCAAGUUAGAGCUCAGUUGGGUGUCUGAUCAAACAAAUGAACGUCACCAAGUUGUGCCUCCUGCGCUCUACAAGAAGUGCAACGAAGCCGGUAAGACUGCCCUCAAGGAUGGUGGAUCCAGUGAUGAGGAUGAACCGAAGUAAAAAUUGCCGGUAAGCCCCCAUUUGCAUAUGAAAUAAAAACUUUUCUUUUCUAAUUCAA